AUGCCUAAUUCUGGUAUUUUUUCUCUCGUAGAUUUACGCUUCGUGGGCCAUUACGACGAGUGGAAGACAAAGAUAUCAGAUGAGUUCUCCACACUGACUGAUGACGAGGUGUCCGUGUUAUUCUGUUUUCUGUGUUCUGACUCCGGUCCUCCUGACUUCACUUACACAGAGUGGCUGGACAUGCUUAAUGAGAUACGACAGAAAGUGUGCCGUAAAGAGAAUCCUGUAACAAGUGAGGAAGCACAGCAGACUCUGGAUAGACUGAAGUCACGUGAUUAUCUUUGGGAAGAUCAGGACAAGAUAACGGAGGACACAAAGGAUGAGACAAUGUAUAGGAUAGCAUCAAUAAAGCGUUAUAUACCAUUCCUUUACAGUAGUUAUGACACAGCCAGUGUGUACCUGAGAUCAGAGGAAUACAACAGAAAACCUGGAGAGAAGUGUGUCACUGGUGGUGGUUACUCUGGUUACUCACUGAGUACUGGUUACUCUGAUUACUUACUGAUACGCCGUCUACAGAUGAACAUACUGACUCACGUCACCAUGGAGGUCAGAAGUAUACAUGAUGACAUACACCAGAUAUUGAAUGUUUCAAACAAAAUAAUAAAUGACUCUGAAGAUAAAAGAAAAGAAUUUUUAAUGGAUCUAAGAAGAGAAGGGGAGACUGUACAUUACAAAGGAAGCUCACAGGACAGUGUAGAUCACGUGACAUGGAUCUGGAGAUACAAUGUGCACGCUAGACCCGACAUCGUGAGAUCCUGUAUAGGCCUCCAUCCACACAAUGACAUUUACAUCAUCGACAACAAAGCUUACAGAAAACCAAAUAAACAUCAUAACUAUUCACCAGAAGUCAGAUGUCUACUGUACUGCUUACUGUUAACUGAGAAAUAUCAACUGAAUCUCAAUGAACAAUCACACAGAAUCACAAGGGAUAAAAUCAGAGACAGAUAUUUCACUGAUAUUUCUGAUGAUGGCUUGGUAGAUCUUCCUAAUGGAAUCACAGAAACGCAUAACGGUGUGAUGACCUUUAAAUCGGACGAUGUCAGACAUGACGUCAUGUACGCCUUUGUUACGGAGUGUUUGGUGGAGGACAAUGAUCUGGAGUUUUUCCUGACCACUGCGUCACGUGACGUGAUAUCAGAAUAUUGCAGGUCCUGGCGGUGUAAGAGGAGUGAGGGAGAGAGAUGUCUGUAUGUACCGAACAGACCGGAGAAGAUGUACGACCUCUUCAUAGACAAACUACAGCUGGACAUCAUCACACACUGUACCGUGUCUGACUGGGGGAUUCAUGACAGUAUCAGUGAAUGUUUGGGUGUCCCAAAAGAAAUACUACGAUGGGACCAGGAGGCCAGAGAGCGGUAUGUGGAGUAUGCUAAGAGAGGAACACAGACAGUCCACCAUGCCCGGGGGAUGAUUGUAGGAUGUGCUGGGGCGGGGAAAACCACGCUACUUAAACGUCUGAUUGGUUGUAGUGAAGAUGUGAUAAAGGACGUUAAAUCUACUGAGGGAUUGGAGGUGCAUGAGGAAAUAUUUGAUAUAUGUGAUGAAACAAAAUCAUUAAGAGCAAAGAAAAACAAGGACAACAAUGGGAAAACAUAUACUACAAGUGUUGGCGCCGAAAAGACUUUGACAUUCUUUGACUUUGGGGGACAGUGUGCGUACUACGCCUGUCACCAGAUUUACCUGACCAGGAGAGCUUUCUACGUAGUGGUGGUGGACGCUUCUAAACGUCUUGACCAGAAGGUGGAUAAAGAAGUGUGUGAUCAAGAUGGAAGCGUGUUCUCUGGAUGGUCGUAUGGAGACUACUUUGUGUUCUGGAUAAAGUCUAUACAUACCUACUGUGGUUCCAACAACGAAAAAGAUUCAAAACCCGUAGUCCUAAUUGUUGCAACACAUUGGGAAGAAAAAAACAGACAGUUCAGUGAUACACAGGAACUGAUUGACAACUUGCGCCGUCAGUUUCCAAAGUCAUCUAAUUUAUCACAGUACAUCACAGAUGAUAACGUUUAUUGUGCAGAUUUUACUUUACCUCUCCAUGAUUUGGAAACAUGUUUCUUCGAUAUAGCUUCCAAAACAAGAUGGAACGAAAACAUUCCAAAAGAAUGGUCUUUCUUUGGUUUAGAAAUUAACCAGAAAAAACAAAGAAAGAGAAUCCUGAAAAUCUCAGAAAUAACAACGGAAGUAACAGAGAUUGCUGCGAAAGGACAGACAGGUUCUGAAAAAGUUGAAAAGGGAACACAAGAUAUGCUGCGAUAUUAUCAUGAUGCUGGAAAAGCUCUAUAUUUUAAUGAAAAUGGUUUGGACGAUGAAGUAAUUAUUGAUGUUCAAUGGUUUAUUGACGCCUUCAAACAUAUCAUCACAGACAAGAAACAUUUUAAAGGUAUUCCUGUGACCCAAGGGGACUGGGAUGAAUAUUACAAAACUGGAAAUUUACGAAGCCAACUUCUGAUAGAAAUCUGGAAACAUAAGGAUGAAGAGUUAAUUAAAAAGCUGAAGAAAGAAGACGAAAAUUACAAUGUCAAAGGCGGAUCUUGUGAGAGAGAUGAACGAUAUCUACAAUAUCAUGAGGAAUCACUUCUUAACUUUAUGCAAAGACUUGGUUUGCUUGCUGUUGGUAGAGAAUCCCACUAUGUCCCUUGCAUGAAUCGUAAAGAAAUAGAAAAAGAACUUCUAGAUAUCAUCAACGAAUCGGAUAAUAAAUCAUCUAUCCUUGUUUAUCAAUUUGAAUUUCUGCCAUUUUUCUUGUUUUUCCGCCUUGUUGUAGCUUGUAUGCAAGAAAAUGGUUUGGAAGUACUCGAAAAUGAUGGUACAUCUUGCCUAUACAGAAACGCUGCUUUGUUUUCAUAUAUGAAGUUCAAUAUUGUUUUAUCCGUCAAUAAAGAUUCUAUACAACUUCAAGUAUUUCAUCCGGUGGCAGGAUACGUUUUGGAAAAAGCACAAGUAUGCACAAUUCAAAAAAAAAUAGAGGAAAUGAUGGAGAAUCUUUCAAGAUCAUUUAACAGAAAAAUACAGUUUGUUAGAGGCUUCAGAUGUCAAACAGACGAGAUAGAAACUAUUGCAAUGGAUAUCGAGAAACAUUUUUUACCGGAAACAAGGAUUCCGAAAGAAGAUCGCAAAAUGAUAUGCCCUUUGCAUUCAGUCACUGAUCGGCAUAUCAUCGAUACCAUGGAGUUGACGAGAUAUUGGGAAUUGAAGACUGAAACGAUUCCUCGAGACGGCAAAUAAUUUUCAGAAUUACAAAUUAUUGCUAAAUUUUGGACUGUUUAAUUGGUUUGAAAUGAUUCACAAACGCUUUACACUUGGACGAAUCGUAAUUCUAUAUCAGCAGUAAGGUUUUCAAAAACGUCAUGCAGUUUCAAAUAUUUGUUUGAAAAUAUAUGAGGAUACGCUUAUAAAAACUAGUUCACAAUGUGUAUCUAUAUGUCAACUUAAUGACACAGAGUUAAUUUUGUAUUUUCAUGAACAAACUGGCAAAGUACAUUGUAUAUAUUGCAUACUAUUAUUUCGAAUCUAUACACAUAGUGUACAUUAUACGGGGGUCAUUUAAUAAAUUAUGCAUAAGGUCAUCUGAGAAAAAAAAUACUUAAUACAGAUUUUUAAUAGUUUCAAUCCCUCAAAGUAUUCCCUGUUACUCUUUACAUAUGUCUAAGGUAUUUCUACCCAUGACAAGAAAACCUCAGCAUACUUAUCUUAGGGAUCCUAAAAGACACGAUGAAAAACACCUCCCAUGACAUAUCUGGAAUUGAACAGUCAUCCUUUGAUUGUUUUCAUGCGUUUUGGGGUUCAAAAGAUCUUACAAUGGCUGAGAUCUAGCGAAAAUGGGGGAUGGCACAGCUCUGUAAAAAGCUUAACCUUUCUACUAACUACUACUAUAAACCAAUAAAUCAUGUUUGGAGCCUAUGCUUCUCUUUACAGUAAUAAGACGGCAGCUUUCACUCUGAUUCCACAUUUUAUUACUGAUCUCCCUUUUCGGCUUUAAAAAGUGCCCCCAUAGUUCUACAUCUAUCACGCAAGUUUAUCAAAUCAUCUUUUUUUGUAAAAAUAUAAUUUUUGAAAAGACCAUUGGCACAUUUAACGCGUGUUUUCUACCGUAAGGAAAUAAGGCAACUACAUGUAUUUUUUAUCAUGUACGUGUAUAUUUAUCUCCUUUCUCAAAACUCUUUAAACUGUUGUGAUUAUGAAAUAUUUAGUGUCUUAGCAAUUUCUAUCGAUAUAAAUCGGACAUUUUCAGAUAUCGUGUUGCUCACAGCAUUGAUAUAAUUUUUGUGUCUCUACAGAUUUCGAUCGAAUGGUUUGACUGCUAUAUUUUAACUCUUCCUUUUACUAUUAAAUUUCUGCAUCUAUCUGAAAACAAUGGUCUUUCCACAUAUUAAAGUCAUAUCUUUAAUACGAGUUCUUUGACGAUUUACGUAUUUAAGCACUAUUUGUAUACGCUCUCCCUUUCAACUUCUCGGUAUAGAUCAUUUUAAAGUUUUUCAGUUCAGUUUAGUGACCAUGCAUACUUAAAAAGUUAAUUCUUUAAGCCAACUUUAAAAUGAUGUUUGUUUGCCCUCUCCCAAAUCGAGAUGAAAAAUGGGGUGUGUAGAUAGGUGGGGAAAUUUAUUUUCCGGAAUGCAUAAAAAAAUAAUUGUUUCCUGGAGGUUUGAGUCGGAACAUGUUUAGUCAGUCGGUCGGGAGAAGGCAACCAAACAAUUUUUUUAUGACAGCUGUGAAAAAAAUAAAAUUUAAUAUAUCUACAUUUAUUAUGAUAAACUGUGUGUUGCAUUAUUUAUUGAAUGACCCUCGUAUACCUUUGCCAAAUCUUCAAGAUAAUAUGUUUUACGGUGUGACCCGUUGGGGCGAGCGCAGUUGUACCAUCAAAAAGCUAUAGCAGCUUACACUUGUAACGUUGAUCCGCCUCUUCAAACGUCAAACCACACGAGACACAGUCUAGACUGUGACGUCACAUGACGUCGGAAUUUACGGAGACAGCCGAUGGUCUGGUUGAACGAGACUAAAGAUCUUGUGCAAUAAUAAAUGAAAUACGUUGCAGAGUAGAUGUAAUUAUUUUUUGUUUCUUUUAAGCUCUCUGCAAAGAAAGAAAAGUAAAAAUAUCUCUCGGAAAUGAAUAAUUAUCUUUGGUCUUUUGUAUGUUUUGUAAGAAUUUCGCAUGGAACCCUGGUAGCGAAGGAAUUCUGGGAAUGUUGCCCCAGAAAAUUUGCCUGACGUAUGUACAGAUUUCAUUCCGAAUUUUCUCUGUUCUUACACGUUAGUCUAUUGAGCUCGCUGUGCUCGCUAUAAGUAAACUUUGAUUCCCUAAUAUACAAGAGUUAUCUGUUAUAUUUUUUGUACAGAACGUAUUUUCAUAACGCUAAGACCUAUAUAUGCAUACAGUGUAUGAACUCAGAACUGAAAAAAAUACGUGUAUAUUUUAAGUAAAUAAAUUUGUCAUAUUUAUUAAUUGUGUAAUGCUGUGGUAUCUACCAGAUUUGAUUGUUUACACACUUAACUAGCAAUCAAGCAUGCUAAUAAGUCACCCAUUGGUAUUAAUUAUUAAGUAGUUAACAGUCUGUAUUUAAUGUUAUCUACGAUGGCCGAUAUGGGCCGGACAAAAAGUAAUCACGAGUUGUGUUCGAUUUGCCGGCAAUUCUUAGAUGCCGGCAAAAAGUAACCGCGAGUUGUGUUUGAUUUGCCGGCAAAUCUUAGAUGCCGGCAAAUCUUAGAUACCGCCAAUUCUUAUUUAAAAUAUUUAAUUAAAUUGCCAGAGGAUAUAGAGGUUUCAGAAGUCAAGUUAUCUUA